AUGGAGUUCCUUCAUACAACUUGUUUCUGGCUAACUUUUGUUUCUCUUUUUCUUCUCAAACUAGCAUGGAAGCUCAAAAACCAAAACAGAAACAACUUCCCUCCUAGCCCUCCCAAGCUCCCUAUCAUUGGUAAUUUCCAUCAACUCGGUGAGCCACUUCAUCGUUCUCUUUGGGAACUCUCUAAACAAUAUGGUCCGGUCAUGCUUCUGCAUCUCGGGAACGUACCUACGGUUGUCAUCUCAUCGGCAGAAGCAGCAGAAGAAGUCUUGAAAAUACAUGACCUUGACCUUUGUAGUAGACCACCUUCGGUUGGUAUCAGACGCCUGUCUUACAACUAUUUAGAUAUUUCUUUUGCACCUUAUGGAGAGUACUGGAGAGAAAUUCGGAAAGUAUGUGUUCUUGAACUUUUUAGUGCCAAGAGAGUUCAAUCUUUUGGGACUUCCAGAGCAGAAGAAGUUGCAGCUAUGAUUGAUUCUAUAUCUGAAUCCGCGGUUUCUAACACUCCUGUCGACAUCUCUCGGAAGUUGUUGUCUCUUACUGAACAAAUUAUUUUUAAAGUUGCUUUUGGAAUGACUGAUAAAAGAGAACAAUUAGGUAAUUUUGAAGAUAUUAUUUUCGAAGCUAUAGAUAUGCUGAGUAGUUUCUCUGCUACCGAUUAUUUCCCUGGAGUGGGUUGGAUUAUAGACAGACUCACUGGAUUGCAUGGAAGACUUGAGAAGAGCUUCCAUGAUUUAGAUAAUUUUUAUCAGAAAAUCAUCGACGAGCAUCUCGACACUGGAAGAUUAAAAUCAGGCCACGAAGACAUCAUAGAUGUUCUGCUCAAACUGGAGAGGGAAGGACUUAAUUCAGUUCAUCUCACGAAAGACCAUAUCAAGGCAAUUCUUAUGGAUUUAUUUCUUGCAGGGGUAGAGACAUCUGCGGCUACCUUAAAUUGGGCAAUGACAGAACUGGUCAGAAACCCAGAGUCAAUGAAGAAAGUACAAGAAGAGAUUAGAAGUUAUGUAGGAAAUAAAGGGAAGGUAGAAGAAGCAGAUCUUGAUCACUUUCCGUACCACAAAAUGGUAGUUAAAGAAACACUAAGACUUUACACGCCGCUUCCUUUACUGCUUCCUCGACAAAGUAUGCACCAUUGCAAGAUCCAUGGAUACGAUGUAUUGCCCGAAACUAGGGUCUUUAUAAAUGCGUUUGCCAUAGCAAGGGAUCCCAAGUAUUGGGAGAAACCGGAUGAGUUCUUCCCAGAGAGAUUCAUAGACAAUUCCAUGGACUUUAGAGGACAGUUUUUCGAAUUUUUACCCUUCGGAGGAGGUCGCAGAGGGUGCCCAGGUAUUCAUAUGGGGCUCUCCACGGUGGACUUGGCGCUGGCAAAUCUUUUAUAUUCUUUUGAUUGGGAAUUGCCAAAAGGAAUGAAGAAAGAAGAUAUCAACAUGGACGAAUCAUCCGGACUCGCACUCCACAAAAAAUCCGCUCUUCACCUGGUGCCUAUCAAGUAUAUGUACUAAUUGUUGAUGCUCGGAAGAGGACCAUGUUGAAAGAAAACAAAUGCAUGUAUUUAUCUCUGUAACUUACAGGGAGGUAGUCGAUUGAGAUUUAUAUAGACUUUCAUAGAUUUUUAAUUUGAGUGUUUCCCGGAGCUUCUCUGAAAAUAUAUAGAUUUCUAGUGAUUCUUUGAGAGUAUAUUAGAGAGUCUUUGUGACUUGUAGAGACAAAAAAUUAAUAUUCACAAAGAGUCUCUGUGAAUUGUAGAGACAAAAUUUAUAAUA